UUACUACGGUAAUGUAAGUAAACACGAAGGCGUUCCUAGUUGAACAUCGGAGAGCACACCGGACAUGUGUCGCGAGUUGAGUUAACGAAGAUAAAGUCAUGACACCUGCACAGCCGAGGACUGUCCUUUUAUUCAGUGGAAAACGCAAAUCAGGGAAGGACUAUGUGACGGAUUUACUCCAGAAAAGACUGUCUUCUGAGACGUCCUGUAUUCUUAGACUGUCUGCACCUCUCAAACGGCAGUACGCUCAGGAUCAUCAUCUGGACUACGAGGAGCUGUUGGGUGCUGGUCAGUAUAAGGAGCGCUACCGCUCCGACAUGAUCCAUUGGGGUGAGAUGAAGAGACAAGAGGACUCGGGCUUCUUCUGUAGACUCGCCAUUAAAAACGUAGUACAACCCAUCUGGAUCAUCAGUGACUGCAGAAGACUGUCAGAUGUUCGUUGGUUUCAAAAAGAGUUUCCUGAUCAAUGCAUCUGUGUGCGGGUGGAGGCGUCUGAGGAAACACGAUCACAGAGAGGCUGGAGUUUCACUUCAGGUAUCGAUGAUGCCGAGUCUGAGUGUGGUUUGGAUGAGGGUGUGAAAUUUGAUCUGAUCAUCAGGAAUGAUGAAGAUGAUGAUGUUCUGGAGAAACAGAUGCAGGGAUUACUGUCACUGGUUACAAACAGGAUGAAACUGAAUUGAUAAAGAUGCUUAACAGAUCACUGUUCUGUAUUCUUUAGCUCUUUUCCUAUAUGAAGAGUGCAUCCUCCAAUGGCUGUGUUCCAAAACCAGCAAAACUAAAGGCUGGUAAGGCCACUUCAUUUCGAAAGCUCCUUUAAAGUCCCAGUGAAAUAAGCAAUAACAAAUCCAUUUUUAAUUAAAUUAUGCAGUGUUUAUUGUAAAUAGUUAAACAAUGUGUUUCAUUGUCUUUUUUAAAUUCAUGUGGCGUCAUAAUCUUAAAUUUAAAUCUGAAAAUGCACUUCCGCUCACUUGUGACUAUCUAUCUUAAAAGACGUAAUUUAGACCGCUUGGGCGUUACAUCUGUUAACUCCUCCCAUUCAACGCUCUGUCUCCUGCCAGUUUAAAAUGUUUUAAUCCAUCCAAUCAAAUAGCAGUAACAAACAAGCCUACGUUUUUCUGUUUUAAAAUUCCGUUUCACUCGGAAAUGGGUCGGAAUACGGAGGUAAAAAUGAUAGCAACUUCUGGUUCAGGGGGGCUUUAAAUGCAGCCUCAAAAUGCACCUUCUCUCGCUGGUCACAAAUAACAGAAGCAAUGGACAAGGCCUCGGUUACCAUGUGAAUUAUUCUGUUUCUGUUACGACUGCAUAUUUUUAAAUAUCAGAAAUCAAAGAGCCCGCGGCUUCGCUUUUUAGGAGCUGUGGCUCACGUGGUAUGUAGUCUGCAAAAAACGGUCCUUGCCAAUGUUUUAAUAUCAUAAAUUAUGUUUUUCAAGAAUAUCUGCUGCUUUUUGUGUAUGUUGCAUUUUACAACUGUAAAAGUUGAUGAAUUUCUGUUCAAUUUCCAUGAACUACUGUUGGGCAGUUUAUUCUAGUUCAAGUUGAAGCGAGCUCUAUUCUCAUUUACUAUAUGCAGAGACAUACAGAAGCAAUCUAACAUAUAUAAAUGACUUUAAACAAUCACUUAACAACAUGUAACAACACAGUGGGAACAAACUCUGGAUCAAUAAAAAUAUGUGGUUUUA